CCACGUCGUGCCGUGCUCCCGCAGCCCACCCUGCUAUACACGCCCGCCCAUCCGUCCGCUGCAAGCGCACACGCCAAGCACUUCUUCUUCUUCCACUCACAGUCGUCGCAGUCCUGCACACACACCACACCACGCCACGCCCGGACAAAGCGAACGACUAGCAGGCGGGCUGCGUGAGAAUCCUCUGCGUCUCACGACCGAUCGCCGGGGAAGCUAGCAGCGGCGUGGACACAAGCGAAUCACAGCGGGUUCGUAUCGAGGGUUGCUCGUGGACAUGGGAGGUUUAAGGCGGUGGCUGCCGUUUGGCGGCGGGUGCUGCUGCUGCUGUGGCAGCGGCGGAGGAGGCAGGGGCGUGGCGGAUGGGCUGGUGUGGGACGUGCCCCUCAAGGCGCACGCGUCGGGGGAGUACUCCGUCGCCGUGGCGCAGGCCAACGAGGCGCUCGAGGACCAGGCGCAGGUGCUCGCCGCCCCCGGCGCCACGCUCGUCGGCGUCUACGACGGCCACGGCGGGCCCGAGGCAGCGCGCUUCGUCAACAGGCGCCUCUUCUCCCUCAUCCAAGAUUUCGCGGCCGAGAACGGGGGCCUGUCGGCGGAGGUGAUCCAGAAGGCGUUCGGCGCGACGGAGGACGAGUUCGUGGGCAUGGUGCAGAAGUCAUGGCCAUCCCAGCCGCGGAUCAUGUCCGUGGGCUCCUGCUGCCUGGUGGCCGCCAUCGAGGGCGGGACCCUGUACGUGGCCAACCUCGGCGACUCGCGCGCCGUGCUGGGCCGCCGCGCCGGCGGCGGCGGCAGGGGGGCGGCGAAGAAGCGGGUGGUGGCGGAGCGUCUGUCCCGCGACCACAACGUCGCCGACGAGGACGUGCGGCGGGAGGUGGCCGCGAUGCACCCCGACGACUCGCACAUCGUGCUCAACAGCCACGGCGUGUGGCGGAUCAAGGGGAUCAUCCAGGUGUCCCGCUCCAUCGGUGACGUCUACCUCAAGAGGCCCGACAUGUGCAGGGCCAACCCGUUGCUGCAGCAGUCGCUGUGCCCGUUCCCGCUGCGCCGCCCCGUGAUGAGCGCCGUGCCGUCGAUCACGACGCGGCGGCUGCGCCCCGGGGAGGACCGGUUCCUCAUCCUGGCAUCGGACGGGCUGUGGGAGCAGCUCAGCGACGAGGCCGCCGUGGGGAUCGUGGCGGGGAGCCCCAGGAAGGGCGUGGCGAUGCGGCUGGUGCGCGCCGCGCAGCUGGAGGCGGCGAGGAAGAAGGAGGUCAGGUACGAGAAGAUCCGGACUAUCGAGAAGGGCCACCGGCGGCACUUCCACGACGACAUCACCGUCGUCGUGCUGUUCCUGGACAGGUGCAGGUCCGGACCGGAGGACAUCGACGGCACCUACGCGCCCGUCGACGUCUUCUCCUGCAGCCCCGCCGGGGACCACGAGGACCCGACCAGGCCCGUCCUGCGUUGAGGUUGAUCUCGGAUUCUCGGCUGGUGCUCCUCGUGCUAUCCAGAGAUUGAUGAACAUACUGUUCUUUCUUUUUUUGCUUGAUUUAAACAAGAGGUACGCGUGAAUCGAGCCGUUUCCCGUUCAAGGAGAAUUUGCCUGCAAAGAAAUGCUAGUAUCGAAUCGAACAUACUGUGUCGUAAACGUACUGUAAACCUUCAUCAGUUCCUUCUUUCGUUUUAAGAGAAUGUGACGAUCCUGCUUUCUAGUA